AUGCCCACUGUUACUGAGCAUGGGUUUUUGCAGCUGCCUCGUUUUCGACCAGAAAUAGAUGAUCAACCGCCAUCUGUAAUCAAAGUUAUUGAUGUAAACACAUUACCCGGUGUUUCAAGCGCACCGACGUCCUUUCUGGCGUCUACAAUUGGAAAAGUUAUAGUCAUUGCCAUAAUAUUAACAGUGAUCAUUACGGUUGUCGUUGUUGUGGUUGUGAUAAUAAAAACAUCAACAUCUACGUCAACUACUGCCAGUAAGAUUAGCGGAACCUAUGAAAUAUGA